AUGGCGCCGAAUUGGAGACAUGCGCUGAGACUCAGCUCUGACACCUGGGAUCCGAGCCACCGUUUUCAGACUUCGUGGUUACUGACUCCUUGGGUUUUGUUUGCUGUGCGAGCUGUGUUUGCUUUAUAUGCAUUCGCAACCCUAUUCUUCAUCAUUGGCUGGCAAGCAAGCGGGCACGACGGACAUGAUAUCCACGAUGUCCACAAGAGCUUCUCGUAUUUCACCGUCCUCUGCUACUGGGCCCAAGCAAUCUACUUCCUCCUCGCCUCCGUCAACACAUUCACCUACGCCCACCCCUCCACGCCGACCCUCCUCCCGCGCUUCCCCCCGCUCUUCCGCGCCCUAUACGCCCUGCUCUAUACAACCGUAACAACAUUCCCCUUCCUCGUCUCCCUCGCCUUCUGGUCCGUCCUCUACCCCUCCAUCCCCAGCCCUACCUUCAACACCCCCUUCUCCCUCUACACUAACACCUCGCAACACGCCCUCAACGCCCUCUUCGCCCUCUUCGAAACCCUCGCCACGCGCUCCGCGCCCGCGCCCUGGAUACACCUCCUGUGGUCUCUGAUGUUGCUGGCUAUGUAUUGCGGGUUGGCGUAUGUGACGUAUGCGGUCAAGGGGUAUUACGUCUAUGUGUUUCUAGAUCCUAGACCGAGGCUCGAUGUGGAGGGCGUUAAUGUGGGGGGUGUGGGGAAG